AUGACGCAAAAGGCGAAUCUGUUCAAAGGGCAGCAGAAGAAGAAAUCGAUUCCUCCUAAUCGGCAUGGCAAAGUUGCUUACACGCGAAAAGGGAAGAGAGUGGUGAAGCCAUCGAAAGUGACGAAAGAUAUGGAGACCGACAAGCUGGUUGAUGAAAAGAAAAAAUGCUUUUGCUGGAUAAAAACUCUUAUUUUGUGUUGA